AUGGCUUCCGCUGCUCAACAUACCAGCAAAUUUGCCCGCUAUUUGAACUCGGAAACUGGACCCAAGACGGUCCAUUUCUGGGCCCCAGUUAUGAAGUGGUCUUUGGUUUUGGCUGGAUUAAAUGAUAUUCAGCGUCCUGUAGAAAAACUCAGUGGAACCCAGCAGAUUGCUUUGUUCGCUACCGGUGCCAUAUGGACAAGGUGGGCAGGAUUUGUGAUACGUCCAAGAAACGCGCUUCUUGCUAGUGUCAAUUUUUUCUUGGGAGGAGUUGCGGGAUAUCAAUUGGUGAGAAUUGUCAACUUCAGGAGGGAGAAGGGCGAUUCGCCGGCACAAGUAUUCCACUAUCUUUUCAAUGGUGAACAAUAG